GUUCUCGCGAGAGCUGGCUUUGAAAUGGUGGCGGGCGCGCCGAACUCCGCUCCGUAGCCUAGCGAAGGAGAAGGAACCCGCCCCUCGAGGGUCCCGCCCCCUCGCCCGCUUCCGGCCGACCACUUCCCGUGUGGGGCGCUCGGGCUGGGCCUCCUGGUUCCGCUCGCAUGGAGCAGCCUCGGGCCCGGCUGCUGAGGACGUACUCGGGGCUGCGGGGGGGACUAGGCCGAGGCGGGCCGGGCGCGGCCUCCGCUGCUGCCGCUCGCCGGGCUGGGCUGAGGCGGCUGCCCCCUCCCGCCCCCUGGAUCUCGCCCCCGGUGGACCGCAGGCACCUCUUCAGCAGCAGCUGCUCCUCCUCCCUGUCCUUCGAAGAGGCGGCUGCCUCUUCCUCCUUCGGAGACCUGAGCUACCUGCCCCCCAAGGCGGCCCAGGAAAAGGCCCCGGCUGCCCCUCCUUCCUCCUCCGAGGACUCCGAUUUCCUGCCCCCCACCAGGAAGGCCCGGCUGCGCAAAAAGCCCCCCAGCAAGAAGGGCACCGCCAAGAAAAAGGGGAAGGGGGCCAAGGAGAACAAGGCCCCGCAAGGAGAGUUGGGGGGCCGGCCUGCUGCCAACAACACCUUUGUGCCCCCCACCCCGCUACGCAGGAACGUCACUCAGCGCCGCCGGAAGCCGGUCCAGAGAGGGCUGCGUAUACGGUUCCCGUUGCUGUCGAGCACCCCUGAGCUGGCGAAAAGGGAUUUGGAGGAAGAGGGAGGCGAGGAGGGCGUCCUGCAGGGCAGCAGCCCCGUCUCUUACGCCUGCUGCUUUCAUCCCGACGAUCUGCAGGAAGUGUUGCGAGAGGACUGCUGUGGCGGUGGCGAUGGCCUCUCUGAGCUGAGCUCAAUGAAGAUGGAUGGGGAUGCCAGGGAGAUGGGAGGCAGCUUGGAGCUCUUCACCCUGGAGGAUGUCCCGAGUCUACAGCGGAAGUCUGUGCACGAGGAUUCCCAGGCCGAACCUCUGCCCGUGACGUUAUUUCAGCCGCCCUGCAGCAGCUCACCCCAUCCACCGUUCAAAAGCAGCUCUGCCUUGCAGUCUUGCAAUUCCUGCAGCGAGACGGGAGCAUCUUUGCAAAACAGGGAAGGGCUCACAAUCUCGCCGGGGUGUUAUGUGGUCAGCCCCAGUCAAAGCCCGGGUGCAGAUCAUGGCCAGAGCCUCCCAGUGUCACCAAAAGAGCCUCUUUCGGGUGUUUUCCAGCUACAAGCCAAUUUGCAUGAUGACAAGAUUUACCUCUGCUUGCCAAAAGAUGCAGCGCCUCUUGCUAACAAGAGGCAGCGUGUCUCAGUUCAAGCAUGCACCAGUUCUCCCAAGGCAGUUGGUGAGCUGAACGGAGCGGUCUCGGAAGAUGGGAAUGAUAACAUAAAAGACUAUAGUAGCCCCCAGCUUCAGCCCACUGUGCUCCUGGACAGUCGGGUGGUGCCAAACUGGUUGGCUAGUCAGUCCACCAAAAAACAAGCAGUAGUUCAGCUUACUUGGAAAAAACAACAUACUUUGCAGUCAGAUUCUCUCUGUGGCCUAUCUGACACCAGCAGAAAGUUGGUCCCCACCUGUAGCACUGUAGGCACUGGUCGAAAAGCCUGCAUCAGCGGAUUCAGUACCAGUCGAUGGGGACAACGAGGGAAGCUUGAGAAAGCAAGGCAGAAGAGAAACGUGGGGCGGAAAAGGCAGGCUGAUCCUUCCCUCCUUCAGGAACGCUUGAAAUGCAACAAAACGGAAGACUAUCUUUCCUCGUCAAUUCUGUCUCCGGAGUGCUCAUUCAAGAACUCCAGCUUGUGGCGCAGGAUCCGGGCUUCUUUUUCUCUCCACAAGAAAAAGAUCAUCCUGUCCGAGGUGGAAAGCUUAAGUGGCAGCAUUGCCAAUGCUUCUCUUCCAUCCGUGAUGGAGACUCCCAAGACCCCCUUCACUCAAAAACUGAGCUACUCUAUAUCCCCUUCCUCCUCUAUGGUCCUGCUGUCGUCCAUGACCUCUUCUGCCAUGUCAGAGAUGGUUCUAACGGAUGAGGAAAAAGUCUACAAGGAAUGCCAUCAGAGUGGCCCCAUCUCCUUUGAGGAAUGCAUCACCCCCGAUAAGAUGCAGAAGUGUGAGAAAAUUGGAGAAGGUGUUUUUGGGGAGGUUUUCAGGACAGAGGGUGAAGGGGGUCUCACAGCUUUAAAAAUAAUCCCCAUUGAAGGGAGCGACCAAGUCAAUGGAGAACCUCAAAAGACCUUUGGUGAGAUCUUACCCGAGAUCAUCAUUUCAAAAGAGCUCAGCCUUUUGGCAGAUGAGGAGGUUCACCAAACGUCUGGGUUUAUCAGCUUGCAUUCCAUUCACUGUGUCCAGGGCAGCUACCCUGACCAUCUCCUGGCUGCCUGGGAUGAAUAUCACAGGCUGAGGGUGUCUGAAAACGACCGGCCGGACUUCUUUGGAGACCGGCAGCUCUUUGUGGUCUUGGAGUUUGAGUAUGGAGGCAUGGACCUGGAAUACAUGCAGAACCGGCAGCUGAACUCUGUGCUGGCCUCCAAGAGCAUCUUGCACCAAGUCACAGCUUCACUGGCCGUGGCUGAGGAAGCUUUGCACUUUGAGCACCGAGAUCUCCACUGGGGCAAUGUGCUGGUGAAGAAAACCGCCUUAAAGAAGGUGAGCUUUAGAUUGAAUGGGGAGACCCACACUCUCCCCACCCAUGGCAUCCUUGUCAACAUUAUUGACUACACCUUCUCCAGGCUGGAGAGGGAUGGGUUAACCGUGUACUGUGACCUCUCCACUGAUGAGGAGAUCUUCCAAGGCAGAGGUGACUAUCAGUUUGACAUUUACAGGCAGAUGAGAGAGGAGAACGCAAACCGCUGGGCUGACUACUUCCCCCACAGCAACGUCUUGUGGCUUCACUAUUUAGCAGACAAACUUCUGAAAGAGGUGUCUUACAAGAGGAAGCCAACAACUUCCUCCUUGAAACAAGCACACAAGCAGCUCAAGCUGUUCUGUGCGGAGGUUCUCAGCUUCAAGUCUGCCACAGAUUUGCUGAACACAAGCAGUUUCUUUCAGUGACUAAACGGAGCCUUGUGGUUGUCAAAUGGUGAAACUUUCAGGUGCUCUUGUAAGCACGCAGGUAUUUCUUAUGAUUUAUGUAUAUAAUAAAAGAUAAGGUGUCUUUUCUCUCAACUUUUAGUUUCACCUUUGGUCAAUUGCAAUGGAUCUUCAAAAUAAUUGGUUUAUGUUUUGUCUAAUAGAUUUCAGCCUAAUUUACACCUCCCCUCCACCAAAUUGCUUUCAGUUCAAAAACAUUUAAUUCAGAAUUUAGGUCCAUGCAUCUUUAAUUAAAGCCUUUAUUCUAAAUCUUUUUUUAAAAAAAUCUUGCAGGAUUUUAUCCUUUAAUGUUAUAGUUCCUUUAAAAAAACAACAUGCAGACUGUAACUAGUUUAACUUUCACAGUAUUAAACCUGUUAAGAGCACUGUUUUAUAUUGGUAAAGAUUUAUAUGGCGUCCAACUUGUAUGUAUGUACGUAUAUUUUUUAUGACUGUAUUUUUGUAAUGGUUGGAACUAUACAGUUUGUCUACUAUAAAUUGUACCACACCCAUGUCUCUUUA